AUUCUUCUCUCCAAAUUGUACUAUAGUAAUAAAUAGACAUUCCAUCCUGCUUCAACCGGCGAUUCUGACUGAUCGGGAGGAACGAUCAAUGACUCGCUUCCUUUUCGCUCCAACUGCUAGAUCGAUAACGACACUUGACCCGAAAGUAUACAUUCUAUUACAAAGAGGCACACACCAAAAACAAAAAACAAAAGAGAUGGCUUGCUUGGCUCUUUCCCUACUACAAGUUCCGCGCGCGUCCGGUCGGUCGGGUGUCACGCGGCGUCUGGAUAUGACACAAACCUUCCUCCGUCUAGAUCUGCCGUGGACGAAUAGCUAUGAACCAUUCCAAUGCCCAAGGGCAAGUCUAGUCGAGAAGAGCGAGAGCCUAAUGACCUUCCAGAAGAAUGGAUGCGUCGGCGGAUCCGUCAUGACUCGCCCGCACUCGGGAUCCGUCAGUCCACAACACUUCCACACGGUCCACCUUCGACGAAGUACUCCCCAGUACAGUAGGACUCCACUCCUGCCUACGAAGGGGAAAUCUAGGCGCGGCGCGGUGGCCUCUUGGCGAAAAACGCCCUCUCUCUCCCCCCCUCUCUCUUCCUCUCUUCCUUCCUCGUGUGAAAUAUAUAGCGGCGGCGGAGCGGAUCCCUCCAUUCACUCGAACCCGCCGCGCGCGCUUGAAAGGGGAAAAUGCUCCGUCUGCCGCCUCCAUCCCUGUCCUACCUGCGUAUGACUGAUGGGCUCCUCCUCCGCGAACCUCACGUGUUGACAUUAGCGUCGUCGCCCCGGCGGUUCCAUCGUCAUCGUGAGGUUUUGUGAAAUCUGGGGUAGAAGCUACCCCGGGCGAGAUCUCGUCCGGCAAGUCUUGGCCUUGGACUUGGAUCACAAAUACCUUUCCAUCCCGGCGGCCUUCCGUUCGAGCGAGUGAUGGUGGGAUGAUGGAAUUCCUUUGGAAUAUUCAUGGGUCGAGGCCUUUAUUGUGUGGCGCUCGCUGCUUUCGGAGGUCGCUCCUUGAAUACCCUCCUGCUCCGAAAUAUGUCCGUCCGACGUUCCGGCAUAUCGUAUCGUGUCUCUGGGUGGAUCGUUCACUCUUGUCAUGGCGAGAGUUUAUAAUUGGCCGCUGAUUGACUCGUCCGGGCUCUGUCAUUCUCCUUGACCCGCCGCCGCUC